AACCCUAACCUUUCUCCUUCGUUCAGGCGCCGAAACCUGAGGGCAGAGACACAGAGAUGACGACCCGUUUCAAGAAGAACCGGAAGAAGCGCGGGCACGUGAGUGCGGGUCACGGUCGUAUCGGGAAGCACCGGAAGCAUCCCGGCGGUAGGGGAAACGCUGGAGGCAUGCACCACCACCGCAUCCUCUUCGACAAGUAUCACCCGGGUUACUUCGGGAAAGUGGGCAUGCGGUACUUUCACAAGCUUCGCAACAAGUUCCACUGCCCCAUCGUCAACAUCGACAAGCUCUGGUCUCUUGUCCCCCAGGAUGUUAAGGACAAGGCCUCAAAGUCCACGGACACUGCCCCUUUGAUCGACGUCACCCAGCUCGGAUACUUUAAGGUUCUCGGGAAGGGUGUGUUGCCGGAAAACAAGCCACUCGUCGUCAAGGCCAAGCUCAUUUCCAAGAUCGCCGAGAAGAAGAUUAAGGAGGCCGGUGGUGCUGUCCUUCUUACCGCUUAGUUUUUAAUGUUACUUGGCCCUUCCGUUUUUGAGUUAGUUGUUUUCAUACAUUCGAACUUGAGAUGUUUGUGGUUUUGUUUUGUUUAAAUUUUUAAUCUUUACAUAUUCCGAAUGAUAUAUAUUAUGUUUUCAGUACCUAGUUGUUGGUUUAUGAAGGUACAAGUUUGUGUUUGCUAGUUUUA